AUGCGCCUCGGCAUGAGCACGUGCGGCAGGAAGGCUCUCACCCUGCUCAGCAGCGUCUUCGCCGUCUGCGCCUUAGGCCUCCUGGGCAUCUCUGUCAGCACCGACUACUGGCUCUACCUGGAGGAAGGCAUCAUCCAGCCCCAGAACCAGACAACAGAGAUCAAGAUGUCGCUGCACUCGGGGCUCUGGCGGGUCUGCUUCUUGGCAGGUGAAGAGCGUGGCCGGUGCUUCGCUAUAGAAUAUGUCGUGCCCACAAAUGUCCAGCUGACAUCUGAAUCAACAAUCAAUGUCCUGAAGAUGAUUCGUUCUGCUACGCCUUUCCCCUUGGUCAGCCUCUUUUUCAUGUUCAUUGGUUUUAUACUGAGCAACAUCGGCCACAUUCGGCCUCACAGGACCAUCCUCGCCUUUGUAUCUGGAAUAUUCUUCAUCCUGUCUGGUCUGUCGCUGGUGGUGGGGCUGGUUCUGUACAUCUCCAGCAUUAAUGACGAGAUGCUGAAUAGGACCAAGGACUCUGAAACUUUCUUCAAUUACAAAUACGGAUGGUCAUUUGCUUUCUCUGCUAUCUCUUUCCUUCUCACGGAGAGUGCCGGCGUGAUGUCUGUCUACUUGUUCAUGAAAAGAUACACCGCCGAGGACAUUUACCGCCCUCACCCCAGCUUCUACCGUCCCCGGUUGAGCAACUGCUCUGAUUACUCCGGGCAGUUCUUGCACCCGGAUGCGUGGGUACGUGGACGCAGCCCUUCGGAUAUCUCCAGUGAGGCGUCUCUGCAGAUGAACAGUAACUACCCAGCGCUGCUCAAGUGUCCUGAAUACGACCAGAUGUCCUCUUCCCCGUGCUGA